AUGCCGGCGACUGCAGGACGGGUGCGCAUGCCGCACAACAACCGCAUGCACAGCAGUGAAGCACUCAAGAUGACCGGCAUCUGGAAGAACACGAUCGGCUACGAUCCGUACGCGGCGGCGGAUGCUGAGAAGACGGAGACCAGUGAGACGUCGUAUGAACAGGCCAAGGGGCUCAUGGCGCUCGCCAAACUUUCGAAUAAAUCGAGCGAUGUGCGUGGAGCCUGUAAAAAGUGUGGCAUGGUGGGGCAUUUGACGUUCCAGUGUCGAAACCAUUUGACUGUUGCCGAGACGCACGUGGAAUCGUCGGAUUCGUCUACUUCGUCGGAUUCAUCCAGUGAAGAAGACGAAGACAGUGACGACGACGAGAAAGAGCAAAGGUCUUCUCGCCAUCAGUCCUCACGUCGCCGCAGUCGUAGCCGGAAUGAACGACGUCGCGGUCGUCUGGAACGUCGCAGUCGCAGCCGAAGUGCUGGUAGAUGUCGUCAGGCAAGAUCCCGGUCCAGAAGUCGUAGUCCGAGUCGCGGACGGAGCUGCAGCUCAAGCGUGGAUUCUGACCAGGAAGGCAGCGACCGGGCUGGCAAGCUUCCGGUACUGAAUAAGGAAAAAAAGCGCAAGCGCAAAAGCUCGACGAAGAAGAGACACAAGAAGGGAAAAGACAGAGACCGCAGAGAGUCCAAGCGUCGUCACGAUGCGAAAAAGUCGCUUACAAAGACGAAACGGCGUCAUUAG